AUGUACCUAGGCUUUAAGUUAGGCUUCAGCAUAUCCAAAGGUCAAGAUGGCACUGACCUUUUGGACCGAACUUCACCUUCAGUUCUGAUUGCGGACAAGAUCGAAGUUAAAUUUUUGUGGUAUGAUGGGAAUUUGAUGUACAAGAAGGGCGAAGACGGGCAGGUUAUCGGAGUUCUUGCAGAUUUUGAUCUCUCAUCCCUCGAGGGCAAGGCAAGCUCAAACACCAAACGAACCGGCUCGCUACCGUUCAUGGCCCUCGACUUGUUAUCAAAGAAUGCAGUAUCCGGAAAGGUGGCACAUGACUAUUGUCACGAUGCUGAGGCGUUUUUCUGGGUUGGAGUCUACGACACGGCUUGUUACGACAAUGGCCAUACGGUUGAUAACGCGGUUCCGGCCCAAUGGAAUCUCCCUGGAGCCAACACUAUGCGAGAAGAAAGAGGCUACUAUCUCUGGAACCUAAACAAACAUGAUGCUACUUCAUCUCAGGAGAAUGUCUGGAAUGGACUCUCUCUGCUUAGGAUUCCUCUGACAGAACGGAAGAUUUUCGACCGUCCAGAGGAACUGCCAUCCUGGGAAUUGGCUAUGCGGCGGAGUCUGGGAGAUCCUGUGCCUGAACCCUUCGACGCUUCGCUCCAUGAGCCAAGCGCAGUGAAAGCUCACUUCUUGAAACUGAAGGAUGGUGCAGAACACGUCAGUCAUGUUCCUGGCCGACUAGGUCAG